AUGCUACCACUAAAGCGACUAAUCUUCCUCCUCCACCUAAACCUCCUCCUCCCACCCACAAACGCCCAACUCACCGGCCCCGUAGGCGCCACCACCCCCCUCACCCAAAAAACCAAAGAAUGCAACAUCCUCACCCUCAACCCCUCCUUCAACCCCCUCACCGACGACAUCUCCCUCCCAAUAACAUCCACCUUUAAAACCUGCGUACAAAACCACCCUGGUAGUAGAUUAAUCGUACCAGCCGGUAACUACACGCUCAAAUCCAGUAUCAUUCUCAGUAAUGCCACAAAUUGGGCUUUUCAACUCGAUGGUUUGAUUACGGCUGUUUAUUAUCCCAAUAAUACAGAUGCGUCUUAUACGGUUCCGUAUGUUGUCCCCAGAGAGAGGAUUCUAGAGGGUUUUGCCGGUGUGCAGAAAUUGAAUAGGAAUGUGCGUGUUGAGAUGUCGAAUAGUACGAUUAAUGGAGAGGGGGAUGGAGAGUUUUUGCAGAAUUUCAUUGUUAUUAUUAAUGCUGUCGAUUUCGAAUUCUACUCCUCGAAUGGUCUGGGAGCUAUUCAGGGCCAAGGAUAUCUAUACCGUAUAUCUGGAAACACAAACCGACCGCGAAUGCUCAGACUUAUUUCCCCUAUAAACGCGACAGUCCAUGAUUUACUCCUCAUCGAUAGUCCGAAAUUCCAUUUCAUAUUUGAUUUUGGAGAGAACAUUGAAGUGUAUCAUUUGACGAUCCGUGGUGCUAAUCUGGGCUCUUAUGAUGGAAUUGAUGCUAUUGGGACAAAUUAUUGGGUUCAUGAUAAUGAGCACGCACGCAACAUAUCCGUUCUCGGCGGCAACGAAAUCGUCUUCAUAAAAACCUACCCCGGCGGCUCCGGCUACGUAAGCAACAUCCUCUGGGAAAAUUUCCGUUCCAAAUCCUCUCUGUACGGUAUAAACCUCAACCAAUACUGGCAACAAACCUACCUUCCAGACAGCGGCGCCGUCACCUUAUCCAACAUCACAUUCCGUAAUUUCAGCGGUUCUAUUCAAGAUGCUGCCAAGCGCCCUGCUCUUUAUCUGUUAGCAUCGGAUUAUAUACCUGCUACGGAUAUUACCGUGGAGGAUGUAACUGUGUGGACAGAAAGUGGAUCGACGAGUGUUAAUCAUAUUUCUAAUAUUUUUGGCGUGGGUGAUGAUGUCUACGGGCCGAAUAAUGGAAUUGUCGAGUUAGCUCAGGGAGAGAAUCCGAAAUCAGAGACGUAUACUAGUACGUAUACGAUUACUAGUGCGCCGACGGGAUGGGCGACGCCUACUUGGCCUGCUUGGGCGGUAGCUACUACGGGAUAUGGAACUACGGAUCCAAUUCCAGUGUAUACUCCCGCGCCAUUGUGGAGACCACAGGGAGACUACGAUAAACACUAUUGGGGCUCGUUUUAG